AUGGCUCCGGGUGGCAAGAAGGUCAAAGCCAAGGAUAAAAAUGGCAAGACUGUAUUGAAGCACAAGGUUAAAAGGGCUAAGAGUCCAGAUGGGGCAGAAGACCAGACCACAACAGAAUCACUCACGCCUGGCAGUCCAUAUCUGAUUGUGCAAGAGCCUGCACUCGUAUCAGAAGCCAUAGCAUCUGAGCUGGACAAGCCAUCGCCAGAAGCAUCCGACAGUGAAAAGUCCCGUGCCUCACCCCAAUCCAGAAUUGAAACCUGGAAUGAUUUUCUUGUGAAUGAAAAACAGCCUGAGGAAGCACCCGUGUCCAACGAAGUCAUAUCUGAGCAAAUCACCAAGGCCGAAGAUAAGCCUCUUCAACCUGAACAAGAGAAUACUCGUCUAUGGGAAUCAUUAUCAGAAGAGAAGACACCUGUUGCACCUGUUCCACUUGAUCCACGUGCUUCAUUCUCGCCAGCACCUGAUCUGAUACCCCUUCCCUCUCCUUCUCAGACUGAGGCUCAAUAUUGGUCAGGCCCUUCACCUGAUCAAUACUAUCCAUACUACUCUGCCCCAACGGGCUCAUACGUCUCGCCUGUACCUUGCGCCCCAUCUGCGUCUGGCUCCUACUACUCGCCCUACGCCUCGCCUGUUGUGCCUUACGUCGCACCUGUUCCAUACAGUUCGUACGGGUCACAGUACGGGCCCCAAUACGGGCCACAAUACGGUUCUCCUUACUCUCCAUACGCCUCACCUAUACCCAAAGUCAGCAGCCCACUUGCUCACUCUCAUUACCCUUAUAUAUCACCAGUCAUGUCGCCCACAGCGACUCCAACACCACCACCUCCUCCACCAGCUGCCCCAGCUCCCGCAGUCCCAUUAGCUCCAGUGCAAUCACCUGCACCCUCAACAUCACAAAACUAUACAAGUGGCCUCCACUCGCCUGUCAUGAGCUCUAGUGGAGUCGUUCCUCCAUACGGCUCCUAUCCCGACGGACAUUAUAUGCGUCGGAGCUUCACUUUGGGUGAUCCAACCGCAUAUGCUUCAUACCAAGCCCUCAUGGCGAACGGUGGGUUACCAAACGAGAAUGGAGUCAUGUCUCCUUCAGAGAAGGAUAGCGAGCAUAUUGAGCUUCUCCAAAGAAUUCAAUCUACCCUCCCCGACAUCAAUCGCCUUUUGGAUGGGUACCGAAACACACACAGCAAGUUAUCGGCCCGCGAGGCCGAAAUGAAGCAUUUCGGUAACCAACAUGAACAGGCUCUCAUGCACAAGGACUUCUAUAUCGAAGCUUUGCAAUCCCAGAUGAAGAAGACUGCAAAUGAAAGUGCUGAGGAAUGCGCCAAGCUGAAAAACGUCAUCAACGAACUUCGACUGGAGCUGGGAAACCUCCAGGAGAAGCAUUCCGACCUCGAAUCAGGCUUGUCAACUCACCAGAAGUCCAACGAGGAGCUUCAGAAGUCUAUUGAGGAACUCCAAAAAACCAACGAAGAGCUUUCCAAGAGCAAAACCGAGCUUGAGGCGGAAGUCGAAAAGUUAAAUACCACCCUCAAGGAAACUGAGGAAAAGCACGCCAAGGAGCUCGAGGAGCUGAAGGCGGAGCAUGAGAAGGCUCUUGCAGCCCAGAAGCAAGAGUUGACUGAACUCUUUGAAGAGAUCAAGGCUGAAGAUGAGAAAGCUGCAAGUGAAGCCUUGGCAGCGCGCGAGAAGGAACUGCUUGCGGAGCACGACUCCCACAAAGGUGAAUGGGAAAAAGAAAAGACAGCUUUGCAAGAAUCUCUCGAGGCUCAAAUUAAGGACCUUGAGACCACCAAGACUGAACUGGCUUCCAAAAUCACGGAGCUAGAAUCUAAAGAGAAAGAGGUGGAAGGCCACUUGGCCAAACUUAACGAAGAAGUAGCGUCGAAGCUUACCGAGCUAGAGACGAAAGAGAAAGAGCUCCAAGAAACCCGCACCAAGAAUGCCGAGGAGCUCGAUGCCCUUUUGAAAGGCCACGCUGACGAAUUAACGUCAUUACGGGGCAAUAACGAGGGUGCUCUUGUGGUAGUGGCGAAAGAAUUGGACAACAAAAUCGCUCACCUUGAAGCGACAUACACUGCAAAGGAGAUGCACUGGAAUGCAGACCGUGCUGCCUUUGAGAGGAUGCUCUCAGAGAAAGAUGCGAAGCUGGCGAGCUCGGAGCGCGAGAAGGAGAAACUGGAAGGAGCUGGCGUCGUCAAAGAACAGCAAAUGCAACGCGCGGUGGACGAGAUGCGAAACACCAUCGAUCAUCUGGAUCGUGAUUGUGACAGGCUGAGGAAGACGCUGCACAGUCUUGGAGAAGCUACAGAUCUCAAAUCUACCAAGGGCGAUCAAUUCUUUCUGGACUGCUUCAACCAGCUCACUUCAAUGAUUUACGACCUCGCCAAAGAGCACUUCGACUACCUCCCCAUCGACCCGCCAAAGGACAUCCUUGCCAAGAUCCCCUCCGAAAUUCCGCCCUUCCUCGACAACACACCAGCAUCUCGCGAACUACGAUGCGCCUACGUUCAGCACAUCAUAUCCAAGACCUUAACAUACCGUGUCUUCCAACCAUUCCUUUUUACCCUCGGCCGGAGAUAUGACAAAGCCGACACCUUCUUCCAGAUGCUGUCGAUGGACAUUCGCCGCAAAUCAGUGCGCCGCGAAGCUUUCUGGCGUCAACAAACUCUGAAAGCAGCCUACACUGCUUCUGACGCAAAGCAAGCUAUCAAUGUUGCCGCCGCUGUGAUCGUGGACGAGAUCGUCGACCACAUCAAACACUUCACCGACCCCAAGCACCUUGACUCUCUUCUCAUUGCCGUCCGCAAAGUCGUCAAACUUGCUGCCGAGACAUGGCGCCAUGCCCGUGUCGAGCGAGAACUCGUCAUAGCAGACUUCCCAGCUUCGGGUGAUGAAUUCGCCUCAAACGACGGCUGGGAGGAGUACGGAAUCGUAGAGCCGGCUUCUAGCAGCAUAGCUCGCCACGUCGUCCUUCGUACGUUCCCGCGUAUCAUACGGGAAGCUGCACACGAGGACUUUGACAGUGGUGAACGAACAGACCUGUGUAUCUACGCACCGGGCGUCUUGAUCUUCUCUGAUUCCUCAAUCAUCAUGGCAAGAUUGCAGGAAUUAGCGAAGAAAUCGAACGACACUCUGACCGAAGCUAGAGGUCCGAUUUCGCCGCCGAGAACUCCCAAAGGUGAAAAGGUUCAGAGCCCUAAUGAGAGGUUGGUUGCUUUUCACCAUCCGCCAUCGGUUCCGCUGACGGGGCCUCAUCCAGCGCCGCUGAACUCCCGGGUCAAGGGGCUGUUCAGGAAGGGUUGA